UUGUGACUCCAAAUGUUCGAAAGUAGAAACACCAAUUUCACUAUCUGGCUCUAGGUGUACAGGUGAACGCUGUGUCAUCCAUCGAAGCAUCACAUCAUCAUUGUGGAACGUGGAUGUGGAGGUUACAACCUUCUCCAACCCCAACAACACGAUUGCUCCAACAACACCAUGACUGCAGCACUUGAUCCUGGUGAAGAGCAUACGAAGUUUGUUGAGUGGGCUGAGGACAAUGGCGUCACGAUCAACGGCACUGCACCCGCCAAAUUUCUCGAUCGUGGCAUGGGCAUUGUAGCCGCACGAGACUUGAAAAAAGGAGACCGCAUCGUACACGUGAAGAACACAUCGCUGGUACAUGUGGCAUUACCAUCUGUCAAGGCCUUCAAAUUACCAGACAACGUCACUGUACAUGGCAAGCUCGCAGCAUCCCUAGCACUAUGGUACUCAGAUCCAUCCCACGACGAAUACGCCCUUUGGCAAGCCGUCUGGCCUACGGAAGAAGAUUUCCGGAGUACCAUGCCCAUCUACUACAACAAAAAGCUCCAGGACCUCCUCCCCAUCGCCGCAUCAACGCUCCUUACCAACCAACUCACUAAACUCGACAAAGACUGGGCCGACCUCCGACCCCACCUCCCGUCGAUAUCCAAAGACCUGUUCACAUACACCUGGCUCAUCGUCAACACCCGAACCUUUUACUGGAACUACCCCGACCUGCCGAACUCACACCCUCGCCUCCCGAAGCGAAAGAACAAGCUAACCGGCGACGAUUGCUACGCCAUGUGUCCGUUCAUGGACUACUUCAACCACAGCGACGUCGGAUGCGAUCCCCAAGCCGACAGCAAGGGGUACAGCGUCACAGCAGAUCGAGCGUACAAAGCCGGCGAAGAAGUAUUUGUUAGCUACGGCGCGCACACGAAUGACUUUCUACUUGCGGAAUAUGGAUUCAUACUCGGGAGUAACAUGCGCGAUGCUAUUCCGCUGGAUCACAUUAUUCUUCCGGUACUGGACAAAGAGCAGACGCAGGCAUUGAAGGAAGAUGGGUUCUAUGGAAAUUACACGCUCUUCGCUUCCGGCGGCAGCGAGACAAUAUGCCAUCGUACGCAGGCGGUGCUCAGGCUGCUCGUGCUGGAUUCGAAGAGAUAUUCUGCGUUUGUUGGGGGUGAUGAUGACGGAGAUAGAGAGCGCGGGAAGUUGUACAGGUAUUUGGUGGGCUUACUAACGAAGUACUCGAGGCAGGUUAUGGAUAUCCUAGAGGAGGUUAAGGGGUUGAAGAUCUAUGAAGUGGAAGGGGAGAAGAGGAGGCUGCAGGCGAAGAGUGGUGAGACUGAGCCGGGUGUGAGAGCAGGUCAGAAGGAUACACUGGUGAGGAGAUGGAAACAGAUCCGGGACAUGGUAAACGGAGCGAUAGAAGAGUUACAGACGUAGCAU